AUGCCUUCCCUGACUACGUCCACGGCGUCUUUGGGGUCACACGUCAAUGACCCCGGUAGCGAUCCUUUCGCAUCUGUGCAGCCCAUCGGCGAUGUCCAGCGCGAUAUGUACGGGAACAUGACGCUGCAAGAAUCCUUCCAAUACGCCGCUAACUCAUACACACCUCCCGGACAUGGCAUAAUUCAGUACGACAUGUUACAGAUGGACGAAGGAUAUGUCAACACAGACGCUACACUUCCAGACGCUACUUUCCGCUCUAUCACACAUCUGCCAGCCGGGCACAGCACUCAAGCAUCCAUCCGCCCUCAGCCGCCGCCGACGCGCCGGCAUCGGCCCAUCUGCGGGGAUAGCUCCUCCGACAUCCCGCUCAAUCCCAUGCCAGGCCAUCCGUGGUACCAAGGACCACCUACGCCACACGCUAUCCUGACAUCUGCCCGACAGGGUGUCGGACAAGAUAGCGGCAUCCAAGGGUCCCACUACAGCUUCUCUCAGUUUCAAUACAGCGGCGAGCCUGGGCCUGCAGGCCAUCAGAAUUCGUCGGCGCCGGGGCCUCUACCCCAUUAGGGGUUCUUUGGUAGGAUGUCAGG